GUAUAUUAAGUAAAGAUCAUAUUCCAUGAAGAUAUUUUGUAAAUGUACUACUGUAAAUAUAUCAAAAUGUCGUUUUUGAUUAGUAAUAUGCAUUGCUAAGAAUUCAUUUGGACAACUUUAAAGGCGAUUUUCUCAAUAUUUUGAUUUUUUUGCACCUUCAGAUUCCAGAUUUUCAAAUAGUUGUAUCUCAGCCAAAUAUUGUCCGAUCCUAACAAACCAUACAUCAAUGGAAAGAUAAUUUAUUCACACUUAUUGACACUUAAGACUGGUUUUGUGGUCCAGGGUCACAUAUUACUCCGUAUUUGGGUUGUUCGUCCAUACCAUGCUCUCAACUGCAAUUUACGGUGGAAACAGAAUCAAUCCAUUUUAGUUUUAAAUUCUGUUGUUUGGUGCAUUGGAGCAAAUGAGAGGCCUUUUGAUAAAACUUGUACAGCAUCAUCCAUUAAUGGAAAACUUGAUAAAUUCACUACAGUGUCUGUUUGGUAAAACUGCGUGUACUCGGACGCCAUUGAUUGUUUAACUGUCUUCUUUCUCCCUCUCCUUGUCUUUCUCUUGUUUUGAAUGGUUCAUUAUUGGUCUGUGCUGUGACUGUAAAACACUGCUGGAAUCAGCUACUAUCAGAAAGAUAAUCAUCAUCACUACUGGUCGAGUUAAAGGAGUGCGCUGUGUUCUCUUUAAGGACAAUCCUCUCUGCUUGUUACGUGUUUUCCAGGUGUACACCCUUCCAUCUUUAUAAUCCUUUUCAUCUCUUGAAUUUAUCCACCUUCUGUUUCUUUACAUUUUCGGUGAAUUUAAGCAGUUCAUCUUGUAAUUUGACUUCCAAAUUUUCUUUUUCUUUAGUCACUGCAUUAUUUUCAAGUUGGUUUCUAAUUUCAUUUAUCACCUGUUGAACCUUAUGUCUAUCUUUUUUGGAUUCCUCAAUCAAUUAUUAUGGGAUCAUAAAAAUGCAAUUCGUACUAGAAACAAAGAUUACCCCAUGGCAGUACAUUAUGCAUCUGUACAUGACUCAAAUCCGUCUACUUCAAGAAUCAUUGGUUUGGAAGUUGUAACAGGAUCUAUUAGAAAGGGCGACAGACUACAAAGACUUUUACAAAGAGAAGCCUUUUGGAGUUUCAGCUAAAAGCCACCAUCUUUCCUGGUUUAAAUGAGGAAUUAGAUUUAACUCUAUAUUUGUGAAAUGAUUAAUCAUUAUGAUUCUUGUUGGUAUUAUUGUUUUCCUUUUUGUUUUUUGGGAUGUGAUUUAUACCUUGUAACAGUUCAUGAUAUUAUUGGUUCCCCCUGUAAUGAUUAUUUUGGUAUCUUCCAUUUCUACUGAGCAACUGAUUAUAUCUGCACCUGUGAUCAGUUUAGUAUCUGACACAAUCUGAGGAAGGCUGGGUGGCUGAAAUGCAUCAGUGUGCAGUGUUUUAGCUAUUUUUUAAUGUUUCUAGAAUAAGCCAUGUUUGAAUAAAGGCUUUUUAAUAUUUUGGAACCAGAAGAAGUGCCUUGGAUUCGUUUUUCUAUAGAUACAUUUUUAUUUAAUUUAUAGGUUUUUUUCCUCUUAAAUUUUUUUUGCAUUGAUUAAAUUUAAACAAAGGCUUGCCAGACAAUAAUUGCAGGCUUUUUGCACUUUUAGAAAUGUGACUGUGAAAUGAUUCUUCUUCUAUUUCUCUUACUUUCAGUUUUUUUUUUUUUUUUUUUGUGUGUGUGUGUGUGUAAGUAGGAAGUGCUAAAUCACAUUAACAAUCUCUGAAAACUUCCUAUUACUUUCUUUAUAAAAGUCAUGUAAUUUCCUGAUGUGUCAGUAGAGCUGCUGUCUGUCAGAGAGACUCGAUCUGACUCUCUUCCGCUGGACUUUAGAGAAAUGAUGCUCAUCUUUGGACUGAUGCUGCUGCUGCAAACUGCUGCAUGUCUGGAUCACUUCUGCAGGUUUGAUCAACUAUAUACGAUCAAACAAUGUUACGCAGCUCUGGGACACAAACUCAAUCUGCAGAUGAAGCUGAACUAUCAAUAUCUAGACCUUCGUUUUUAUAAGAGGUUAAAUAAUGGCAGUAUACUGCGAGUUUUUAGCAUGAAGAAAAAUAAAGAGUAUGAGGAUUAUUAUUAUGAUUAUGCAUAUGAAUCCAUCAGAAACAGAUCUGAGUUCUUCUUUGAUAAUAUGACUCUGAGCAUAAACAAUGUGAUCAGAGCAGAUUCAGGGAUUUACAGAUCAUAUGUCAUUAAUAUAGAUAUGGUCAUUGCCAGUGAACUUCAAGUGAUUGUUGAAGCUCCUAUUGGCUCAGUUAAAGUGUCAACCAACUGCUCCUCCAAUCAGAGGUCAGUGUUCUGCUCCUCUGAGGGGGAUCAGCUCCUCUAUAACUGGACUCUGAAUGGAGAUCCACUGAUGGAUGGAAACAGCAGCAUUGAUCUGGAUGAGGGAACUGAUGGAAACAUCAUCUGCAGCGUGAAGAACCACGUCAGUCACGCACAGAAGACCAUUAGACUCAAACCCUGUCCUGCUGUGUCUGUGGUGUUUGUGCUGGUCUGGUGUUUCCAGCUGAUGGUUCUGUUGGGUCUGUUAGGAGCUUUUCACAUCUACAUGAGACACACAUCAGGAGAGAAACAGGAAGAUCAGAAAGUGAGGAAGAGAAGAUUUAGAGAAGGACAUGAACACACAGCAGAAGAUUCAUGAGAGCAGCAGCAGAUCAUAAACUAGGAGUAUUUUAAUUUCAUUACUGUUCAUCCAAACUCUUUUAUUGAAUCUGCAGUUUUUUAGAUGACUUUUAACAUGUUUAACCACAUUUGUGCAUUUUUCUUCACAAGAUAUUUUUGUCAUUAUUGAAUAUUGAGAAACAUGUAGUUCUUUAGAAACUGUAAUUAACAUUUCAAUCAUUUCAAACAAGUCAAUUAACAUUUUAUCACAUCAAUGAACUUAGAAUAGAAACCAUUACAGAAAUUCUAAUGGAUUCUGCUACAAAUACCAUUACAAACAAUCAACUUUUAACCAUUAAAACCAUUUAAAAAUGGUUCACUUAAGUGUGUUUCAGCACAUGUUCCAUUAGGAUUUAGUGGUUUUAACAAGCCACCAAUAGAAGUCGACCAAUUAUAGACACCAACAGGGUCCAUUAUGUUUCCAUUAAAACCAAUACAGUUCCCAUUAUAACCAGUAAAAGCAUUACAAUUUCUGUGAUGGUUUCUAUUGUUUUGUUUUUUUUCAGCAGUGAUAAAAACAAAUUACAUAUAAAAAACGUAGCUGUAAUUUGAUUCCUACUCAUUUAAAAUGUAAAUUUAAUGAAAUGCAGUUAAUCAUAUUUUGUAUUUUAAAUACGUGACUAUGUAUUCAUCCCCUCAUUUUAAAUAAAAUA